AUGGCUGCUCAAGACACUCCACGCAUGCUCUGGAAACAUCCGGACCCGGAGUCCACCCACAUGGGACGCUUCCAAAAGGCUCUAGAGCAGCACAUUGUGAAACAUUUCAAUGGGUACCAUGACCUUUACGAAUUCUCCAUCACACAGCCAACGACCUUUUGGGAUUUCUGUUGGAAGAACUUCAAUCUCAUUCACGAGGGAAGUUAUACCGCCGUUGUAAAUCAGUCGGCUCGAAUGGACAGCACCCCCCACUGGUUCACCAGAAUCCGACUAAACUUCGCCGAGAACCUAUCAUUCUCAGCCACGCCGUAUGGCCCAUCCACGAACGGAAAAGAAGAUGCGAAGAUUGCUGUGGUCGGGGUCCGCGAGGGCUUCUCCGAAUCACCCAUGUAUCUAACGUGGCGCGAGCUUCGAAGUCGCACAGGACGUUUGCUCCAGGCCAUGAAGGCCAAUGGGGUGCAAAAGGGCGAUCGCAUCGCCAUCUGUGCAAGUAACAGCAUUGACACCCUGCUCGUGUUCCUAGCUUCGACCGCGCUGGGGGCCCUUUUUUCUUCCAGCUCUACGGAUAUGGGCGUGAAGGGGAUCCUGGACCGGCUGGUACAGAUCAAACCCCGGUUCUUGUUCAUGGACGACCAGGCUGUCUAUAAUGGCAAGACGAUCGACCUUCGAUCCAAGAUGGAGGCGGACGUGAAUGGGUUGCAUUCCCUGCAGGAAUUCCGUGGGGUGGUCUCCCAACCGCGCUUUGCUUCCCGGCCAUUGGAUAUCAGCCAGAUAACCAAGGCGCAGCUGCUUGAGGAUUUCUUGGCCAAAUCUAACGAUGCGAGGCUCCAUUUUACACGCAUACCCUUCUGCGAUCCCUUUUUGAUCGUGUACUCUUCAGGCACCACCGGUCAGCCCAAGUGCAUUGCGCAUUCGGUCGGCGGGGUGCUCGUCAAUGCGUAUAAAGAAGGACACUUACAUUCGGAACUGGAUGAGUCCAGUACGAUGUUGCAGUACACCACAACCGGCUGGAUCAUGUAUCUUUCUGCUAUCCAAAGCCUUUUGUUCGGGUCCCGGGUUGUCCGUUAUGAUGGCAGUCCAUUUAUGCCGCGGCUUGAAUCGUUGAUUCGGCUUGUGGAGCAACAGCAGGUAACUCAUUUCGGCACAUCCCCGCGCUACAUGUACGAGCUUCAAUGCGCAAGCAUCCACCCGCGACAGAUUGCCGACUUGAGCUCGUUAAAGAUGGUGACCAGCACGGGGAUGGUGCUCCCCGACGCUCUGUUCGAGUGGUUCUACGACCAGGGCUUCCCACCACAUGUCCGGUUGAAUAACAACUCCGGAGGAACUGAUCUGGCCGGGUGCUUCGGGAUAGGCAACUCCCUGCUCCCUGUUCACGUCGGUGGCUGCGCUGGAAUGAGUCUCGGCAUCCCGAUUGACGUCUACGAUGCUAGCAUCGAAGGUGCUGGAGCGAAGGGAAGGUGUGUAGAGGUCGGGGUCGCGGGCGAGCUGGUAGCCACUGCCGCUUUCCCCAGCAUGCCGGCUUCUUUCUGGGGUCCCGAUGGGGAUGUCUGGACGCACGGUGACUUUGUUUCCAUCCACCCCGUCACCCGACAAAUAUUCUUCCACGGCAGGGCAGACGGCGUUCUGAACCCGUCCGGAAUCCGCUUCGGGUCGUCGGAGAUCUAUCAGGUCCUAGAAGCCGAGUUCCCUGAUGAGAUUAUGGACUCAAUCUGUGUCGGUCAGCGACGACCUCAAGAUACGGACGAGCGGGUGUUGUUGUUCUUAUUACUGAAGUCAGGGACCCGUUUCACACCGGAAUUAGUUGCCAGGGUGAAGGCCGCCAUUCGCCAGAAACUGAGCAGUCGCCAUGAUCCGAGCUUUAUCUUCGAGACCGCCGAAAUUCCGGUCACCGUCAAUGGAAAGAAGGUGGAGCUCCCGGUCAAGCAGAUCGUAUCGGGGAAGCAAAUUAAGCCUUCUGGCACGCUACUCAAUCCGGGGUGUCUCGAGUACUAUUAUCAGUUCGCCGAGGAUGAGCGGCUGGUUGCCGCGCGGGACAGUAAGCUCUGA